AUGUUUUACCACUUUUUAAGUAGUGCCACUACCAUCAAAUCCGUUCGCACCUCGAUCCGAGGCCAAUAUGACUACUAUGUCGCUAACGCAUCAUUUCUAAAUUCUGACAAAUCUCAUGCCGACAUCAUAAUAGAAGCAUUCAUACCUCUUACUCAAACAGACUCAGAAACCAUAAACCGCUUCAAAAAAGAUGACAUUAUCGAACUUGAAGGAAAUAUCACAAAUGAUACGAACAACAAUCUAAAAAUUACCGCAUACCGCCUACGCGUACUACAAAAUCCACCCCCUGAACUUCCCUCCCUCUGCACGUGGAUCCACACAUUAGGCACAGUCAAUUCUCCCCCUGUCGAAAAAAACAACCGGCUAUCAUUUAACUUCAUCACAUCUCAAUAUACCGGUGGAAAAACUACCAACACCAAG